CUGCAGGCUGCACAUGAGGGAAACUGGCGGAAAGUGACGGAAUCUGCGGCCCACUCCUCUGCAAUUGCCUGGGACUGGCAUUGGUGGCAUUGGUCGCAUCGGCGUUGGCAUUGGCACAGCAUCUGAUGCUGUUAAAGUCACGCCAGCAGGGACUAUUGGGUGGAUUUCUGCUGAGCUAGCUCGUGUGAUAAGGAGGGUGGUGAGGAUUGAAGCGUGCUUUGUAAGGUGCAUUAGGAAGGCAGAUUUGGUGUUUCUUGAGAGCUGGGGAGUUGGGCCCUGUGCGGCUGCUGUCUGUGCCACAGUCUUUUGUUUUCCUACUCGUCAGCCUCAGGGUUUCUAACAAGCGGGCACCAUGGUGUGCUCGGGGCCGGAUAUGCUCAAUACCCCCAGCUACGGCUCGGGGACAAUUAUUGGCAUCUUUGUGGCCGUGUCCCUCAUCAUCGAGCGGUCCAUCCACUAUCUUGGAAAGUACUUCAAGAAAACGAAGAACAAGCAACUAUUGCAAGCUCUUGAGUCCAUAAAAGAGGAGCUGAUGCUGCUGGGAUUUAUCAGCCUGUUCCUGACCGUGUUCCAGGCGUCGUUUGCCGGCAUCUGCGUGCCCAUCACCUCGACGCGCCGCACCUUCCUCUUAUGCAACCCUGAGGAGCUGCCGGAGACGGAGGCCCUCCUGGGCAACACCACCGAGGCAGGCCACCGCCGGCGCCUCCUCGCAGAAUCAGCCUCCACCUGCCCAGAGGGGCGCAUUCCGUUCAUUGGCGUGGAGGCAAUGCACCAGAUCCACACCUUCAUCUUCGUGCUGGCGGGCGUUCACAUCCUGUACAGCUGCGUUGUCAUGUCCCUCGCGUAUAUCAAGGUGGAGCGGUGGGCCAAGUGGGAGGAGGAGGCCGUCAGGGAAGCUCGUGCCUACUAUGCCGGCCAAAGCCAGAAGAAGGACCUGACGCGCGUGUCCACAUUCCAGCAGCGGCAUAGCGCCAAGGCGGGCAUCUGGAUCUUGGACUGGGCGCACUGCUUCCUCAAGUCCUUCACUCAGGCAGUCGCCAAGGCUGACUACAAGGCCCUGCGCAUCGCCUUCUGCACGUACCACAAUCUGAGCCACGAUGGCUUUGCCUUCCACAAGUUUCUGCUGCGGUCGUUGGAGGCCGACUACAGCCAUGUGGUGGGCGUGACCCCGUUCAUGUGGCUCUUCGUGGUCUUCUUCGUUAUCUUCGACAUCCCGCAGGGCCACAUCGUCUUCUGGCUGCCCGAUAUCUUCGUCAUGAUCAUAUUGUUGGUGGGCGCCAAGCUGGCGCGCGUGGUGCAGGUGCUCGCGCGCGACAUUGACGUGGAGCGCAUGGGCCCCUGCGUCGGCGCGCACCUGCGGCCGCGCAACUCGCUCUUCUGGUUCCAGCGCCCGAGCAUCAUGCUCAACCUCAUGCACUUCACGCUCUUCACCAACUCGUUCCAACUGGCCAGCAUCAUCUUUUAUGCGUGGAGUUUUGGGGUCAACUCGUGCUACUUCUACAACCGACCCUUCUCCUACCUGCGGGUGGUGAUUAGUGUGACGUUGAUUCUGUUCACCAGCUGGGUGACGCUGCCCGCGUACGCCCUCGUGUCCCAGAUGGGGUCGACCACUCGGUUGACCAUUUUCGGCGACCACGUGCAGCACCACCUCAAGGGCUGGGCCAAGCGCGCCAAGGCGCAGCACGCCCCCGAGGAGGAGGCCAACCCGGUGCACAGCGCGAUCGGGUCCGUGCUGACCCUGGUGCACGCGGACGGCCUGUUCGCCAAGAAGCAGGGCGAGUCCGCCAAGAGCGCGGGCCAGCAGCCGUCCGACGAGGACGACGACGAGUCGGGGGUCAAGCAGGUGUUGAACGACGGUGAUCUCGAAUCUGCCGUGCGGCCGCCCAUGGUGGACGAUGCGGAGCAGACCGGGGAUGGCCGGGUGGACACACCCGACUCCGGGACAGCCCGGGAGGGGCGGCAGAACGGGGCCAAUGGGGAUCACAGUAACGGUCCUCGGUAAUAGUGGUCAGCAAUAUGUAUCGACAGGGCCUACCUCGUGCUAGAAAUCGAUGAGAAUGAAGCAGCGAAGGAAGGUGGUUCUGGAUGUGCUUCGUCGUGUUGACAGCCCAAGGACUCUCGGUGUCCAGCAGGUUUGGAUGCUCUGCGUGAAGUCCAAAGUGACCGCAGCAAGCGUGUGACCGAUAUAGAGACUCAAAAAGCCGUUUCGGGGCUCUUAGUUGUGUAGACAAGUGAGACAUACCUUUUUUUCUUGGGACUAUAAACUGAUCCGGCAGGACAACAUGCUUGUGUAAUCGCCCGUUCUUGCCUGCUGUCUAGCUGCCUGGCUCGUAAACUCUCUCGGCCACAUGUCUCCCGAGGAGACCAGCUAGCAAGAACGAGAUGAGUUUUUCAGCGAAUCGAGUAG